AUGAAGCUGCUCCUCUCGCUUGCCGUCGCGCUCGCCAGCGCUGCGCCCGCUCUUUCCGUUGCCGUCUGGGGCCAGUGCGGAGGCAUCGGCUACACCGGCUCUUCCGUCUGUGACGCGGGCUCUACCUGCGUAGAAACUAACGAAUGCACGUCCUUUCUCCUUCCUUCGCCUCUCCGCCUCAGCGCGACCACGACCGCGACCUCGCCCACAUCUUCCUCCUCUCUCUGUCCAGGCACGCGCACCAAAUUCACCUACUUCGGUGUGAACGAGUCCGGCGGUGAGUUCGGCAACACCGUCAUCCCUGGCGAGCUUGGCAAGGACUAUACCUGGCCGUCGCCGUCCUCGAUCGACUAUUUUGUCGGCCAGGGGUUCAACACGUUUAGGAUUCCCUUCCUAAUGGAGCGCAUCAGCCCGCCGAGCACGGGCGGGUUGGGCGGGCCGUUCAACCAGACGUAUCUGAGCGGGUUGAAGACGAUCGUCAGCUACAUCACUGGCAAGGGCGGGUACGCUGUCGUCGACCCCCAUAACUUCAUGAUCUACAAUGGCGCGACUAUCUCGAGCACGAGCACCUUCCAAGCGUGGUGGAAGCAGCUCGCCACCGAGUUCGUCUCAGACUCGCACGUCAUCUUCGACCUUCAGAACGAGCCGCACGACAUCCCCGCUGCGACCGUCUUCUCCCUCAUGCAAGCGGGAGUGAACGGUGUCCGGUCCGCAGGCGCGACGAGCCAGCUCAUCCUCGUCGAGGGCACGUCCUACACCGGCGCGUGGACAUGGACGACGUCCUCUGGCAACAGCGCGGUGUUCGGGGCGAUUAAGGACCCGAACAACAACGUCGCCAUCCAGAUGCAUCAAUACCUCGACUCGGACGGCUCGGGGACGUCGCCGACCUGCGUCUCGUCCACGAUCGGCGCGGAGCGCCUGCAGAACGCGACUACGUGGCUCCAGCAGAACAACCUCAAGGGUUUCCUCGGCGAGAUCGGCGCUGGCUCAAAUGCGGCGUGCAUCACCGCCGUCCAGGGCGCACUCUGCGAGAUGCAGCAGUCAGGCGUGUGGCUCGGCGCGUUGUGGUGGGCCGCGGGACCGUGGUGGGGCGACUACUACCAGAGCAUCGAGCCUCCGAACGGGACUGCCAUCGCUCAGAUCCUCCCUCAGGCGCUCGAGCCCUUCCUGUAA